UAGCAUUGCAGAGAUAUGGGACAGCAGCUGCCCUGAUCCGCCCAGCCUCCUUCUCUAGUUCUCUCUCACUCUCUAUCUCUUUCUUUCUCUCUUUCACUCCUGUCUUUCUUCCUCUAUCAGUCUUCUUUCCCCCACAAACCCUGAAACACUUCUAGUCUCCUCCACAAUGGCUGACAAACAGGGAAACAUCAAGAGAAAGGAGACCACCAAGAAAAAGGAGGGCUCAAAGGCACAGGAGAAGGCCAAACCAAAGGAGAGCUCAAAGGCACAGGAGAAGGCCAAACCAAAGGAGAGCUCAAAGCCAGACAAAAAUACCAAGCCAGAGGAGAAUGCCAAACCAGAGGAGAACUCCAAGGGUCCUGAGGACUCGGGGAACCCUGAAGACAAAGUGGAAUUAAUGGAGCUGCCUCCCUUCCAAGUCAUUACAGGGGAUCGCAUCUCGUCCUUUUUUUUCAAAUUCCAGUUCAGAAACGUGGAGUACUCCUCCGGCCGCAACAAAACGUUCCUGUGCUACUCGGUGGAUAUCCAGGGUGGCGGAGACGUGGAGACCUUGCGGGGUUACCUGGAGGACGAGCACAUCACUGCGCCGCACGCGGAGGAGGCCUUCUUCACCCUCCUCCUGCCUGAGUGCAACCCUGAGCUGAGCUACCAUGUCACCUGGUACGUGUCCUCCAGCCCCUGCAUGGCCUGCGCUGCCAAGAUCGCGGAGGUGCUGCGCAGCCGCAAGGGCCUGCGGCUCACCAUCCUGGUGGCGCGCCUCUUUAUGUGGGAGGAGCCGGAGAUCCAAGAAGGCCUGAGGCAGCUGAGAACUGCCGGCUGCAAGCUGAAGAUCAUGAAGCCGGCUGACUUCGUCUACAUCUGGGAUACCUACGUGGAGCCCGAGGGACAGACGUUCACUCCCUGGGUGGACGCGCAGGAGAACUACGAGUACUACGAAGAAAAGCUGUCUGAGAUACUGCAGUGACAGCAGAGUACUGGAAUGCUGACUGUCCUCGUAACAGGAGUCUGGGCUGCCUGACAUCUCACCUCUUCUCUUUCACUCACAAAAUUCACCUUCAGGCACCUGCUUUCCUUCUGCAAAUACACUUGUUCUAAUAAUCACA